UAUCCUUCCUCUCUCUCUCUCUCUCUCUCUCUCACACACACACACACACACACACACACACACUCUCUCUCUCUCUCUCUCUCUCCGGAGGGAUUCCAGACAGCAGAGUUUUCCUGCAGUGAGUGAAUGGGUCCAGGAUCAGAUGAUGUGGCUCCGGACUCUCCUGCUGCUCGGCCUCGUGGGACGUCUGCUGGACGAGUGUUCUGGACAUUCUUCUGAGGAUGAGGAUUAUUACAUGCAGGAGCUCUUGAGUCGGGAACAUUACCAGCGCGUCUCUGAGAACGGAGCCGCUCCCACACCAGCCACUGGGAAGGAGCCCAAAACCAGGUCAGCUGCUUCCAAACCAGCAGGCGGACCUGAUUCAGCAUCAGUGAAAAGUGGAAGCAAAAAGAGUGAGAAGAACAAGAAAGCAGUGAAAGGCAGCAGUGGUGGGGACGCUCUGAUCUCUGAGAGCAGCGACUGUCCUCCGCUGGGUCUGGAGACGCUGAAGAUCGAUGACUUUCAGCUCCACGCCUCCAGCAUGAGACACUACGGUCUGGGGCCGCACAGGGGCCGGCUCAACAUCCAGGGCGGUCUGUAUGAGGAUGACCUGUAUGACGGUGGCUGGUGUGCAGGACGGAAUGAUCCGCUGCAGUGGUUUGAGGUGGAUGCUCGCAGACUCAUGAAGUUCACCGGUGUCGUGACUCAGGGACGGAGCUCACUCUGGUUGAGUGAUUGGGUGAGCUCGUAUAAAGUUCUGCUCAGUAAUGACUCUCACAGCUGGAUGACGCUGAAGAACGGCUCCAGAGAUCUGAUCUUCAGCGCGAAUCGAGAAAAGGAGAUUCCUGUCCUCAAUGUCUUCCCCAAACCCGUGGUGGCCCGUUACAUCCGCAUCAACCCGCGCUCCUGGUAUGCCAGUGGCGGCAUCUGCAUGCGUGUGGAGAUCAUGGGCUGCCCGAUGCCAGAUCCAAACAAUUAUUAUCGGCGACGAAAUGAAGUGACCACGACAGACAACCUGGACUUCAGACACCAUAGUUAUAAGGAGAUGAGACAGCUGAUGAAGGUGGUGAAUGAAAUGUGUCCAAACAUCACACGCAUCUACAACAUCGGCAAGAGCUACAAAGGACAGAAGCUCUAUGCCAUCGAGAUCUCAGAUAACCCUGGAGAACAUGAGCUCGGUGAGCCGGAGUUUCGCUACACGGCUGGUUCCCACGGUAACGAGGUUCUGGGCCGCGAGCUGCUGCUGCUUCUCAUGCAGUUCAUGUGUCAGGAGUAUCUGAGCGGAAACACACGCAUCCGGCGGCUCGUGGAUGAGACACGCAUCCACCUGCUGCCCUCCAUCAACCCCGACGGCUACGAGAAGGCCUCCGAAAUGGGUUCGGAGCUCAGCGGCUGGUCUCUGGGCCGCUGGAGUCAGGACGGUCUGGACAUCCAUCACAACUUCCCUGACCUCAACUCGGUUCUCUGGGAAGCAGAAGCCCGGAAAUGGGUCCCACGCAAAUUCCACAACCACCACGUGCCCAUCCCGGACUGGUACCGCUCCACAAACGCCACCGUGGCGGUGGAGACACGUGCUCUGGUGUCAUGGAUGGAGAAGAUCCCGUUUGUGUUGGGAGGAAACCUGCAGGGCGGAGAGCUGGUGGUGACGUUCCCGUUUGACCGCACGCGCUCAGUGACGGUGCUCCGCGAGGCUACGCCCACCGCAGAUGACCACGUGUUCCGCUGGCUGGCCUUCUCCUACGCCUCCACUCACCGGCUCAUGACCCACGCCAGCCGCAGGGUCUGCCACACCGACGACUUCGCCAAGGAAGACGGCACCAUCAACGGAGCCUCGUGGCACACGGCUGCAGGAAGUAUUAAUGACUUCAGUUACCUGCACACCAACUGCUUCGAGCUCUCCAUGUACGUGGGCUGUGAUAAAUUCCCACACGAGACCGAACUACCGGAGGAGUGGGAGAACAACCGCGAAUCACUGCUCGUCUUCAUGGAGCAGGUGCAUCGUGGGAUCAAAGGUGUUGUCAGGGAUGUUCAGGGCAAAGGCAUCGCUAACGCCAUCAUCGCUGUGGAGGGAAUCAAUCAUGACAUUCGCACAGCGUCUGACGGUGAUUAUUGGCGUCUGCUGAACCCCGGAGAGUAUCGUGUUAUGGUCCGCGCCGAGGGCUUCAGCGUCAGCAGCAAGGUUUGCACGGUGGGAUACGACAUCGGAGCCAGCAGGUGCGACUUUGUGCUCGGCCGCUCCAACCUGUCACGCAUCAAAGAGAUCAUGCAGAAGUACAACAAGCAGCCAAUCAGCACGAGACUGAGACUGAGUCAGCGCCGCCUACUGGACACAUAGAGAGAGAGAGAGUGUGUGUGUGUGUGUGUGUAUGAGAGAGAGAGAGUGUGUGUGUGUGUGUGUGUGUGUAUGAGAGAGAGAGAGAGAGUGUGUGUGUGUGUGUGUGUGUGUGUGUGUGUGUGUGUGUGUGAGAGAGAGAGAGAGAGAGAGAGAGAGAGAGAGUGUGUGUGUGUGUGAGAGAGAGAGAGAGAGAGAGAGAGAGAGUGUGUGUGUGUGUGUGUGUGUGUGUGAGAGAGAGAGAGAGAGAGUGUGUGUGUGUGAGAGAGAGAGAGAGAGAGAGAGAGAGUGUGUGUGUGUGUGAGAGAGAGAGAGAGAGAGAGAGAGUGUGUGUGUGUG